AUGUCCAAGCCGUCGACGCUAUCGUUGCCAGUGAUCGACCUCAUAUCAUGGAUAGAUCGUUCUAAUCACACGGAAGAGGAGAGAACGCAGGCGUCAAAGGGAUUGCAUGAGGCUUGUCUCCGCUAUGGAUUCUUCUACCUCAGACUCGACGGAUUCGCAACUGACUCGGAGAUGCAAGAACUCGCAGAUCUAGGGAGGACUUUCUUUCAUCUGGAACAGUCCAAAAAGGACGAAAUACGACUGGCGAACGAGGACGGCGCAAGAGGUCAAGCCCUCUCUAUUUCUUCGGCCAAGCUGACGACCAUGAUAGGGUAUCAACGGCUCAAGGAGAACGUGACAAUGGGGAAAGCAGACAAUCACGAAGGGAUCGAUUUCUACAAGCCAGUCGCGAACCCAGACAAGACAAAGCCGCUAUGGGGGACGAAUCAAUGGACGAGCCAUAUACCGGGAUUUAGGGAGAAAUUCGAGGACUGGAUUGAUAAGAUGCAGGUCCUAGGGAUGAUUGUCAUGGAGGCGAUGGCAAUGGGUCUUGGGAUGACGCAGACAGAAUGGGAAGAUCUUCGAAGCAAAGUAGAUGAUUCUUUUUGGGUCAUGCGAAUCAUUGGCUAUCCACCACUUCCUUCUACACACGACGGUUUUUCUUGCGGAGCACACAGGGACUACGGAUGCCUAACCUUCCUGUAUGCAGAUCCAACACCCUCUGCCCUCCAAGUAUUUCUGGGGCCGGAUACGGACGUCGCUCAGAGUGCCAUUGACGCUUCUCUGGCACUGCCUCCAGAACAAGGCGAUACAGAAGGUGUCUGGAUCAAUGCUGAUCCGCUCCCUGGUGCCGUGGUCUGCAAUAUCGGGGAGAUGUGGGAGACAUGGACUGCAGGACUGUACCGUUCUACAUUGCACCGUGUUAUUCACCGCUCGUCAAACUACAGAGUCUCAGUACCAUUCUUCUUCGAACCGAAUUUCGAUGCGGUCGAGCUCGAGUAA